AUGGCCAUUGUAUUACUUAAACCAAGUAUUAUGGACAAUGCCUAUGAAUUAUUAGUCAAACAAUAUUUGAAUUCAAGGAAACUAAAGCAGUUUACUGUCCAAUUAGAAAGAUUUAUGAUUUAUUUUCAAAAACAAUGGAUGAGACCGAAAAUUCGAUCAAUGAUUAGUUUUUACGAAGUUGAUUUCAAAACAAACAAUUGGUCUGAAAGUUACAACGCAGUAUUACAGCGACGAGCACAACAAAGUCAUUUAUCUAUUUGGACAUUGAUAGAACUUUUAAUCACCGAAGAAACUGCUGUCCGUAUGAAACAUUUUCAAUCAUUGAGUGGAAAAACAAAGCCUAUCAAUAAAACUAUUCGUAAUGGUGUCAUUAAUAUCAAUCAACAAAUUAAUUUAUUAAAUCAAAAAUUAGAAGUCAAUGAUAUUGAACUUGAUGAUUGCCUUAUAUCACUUUCAACAUUAGUUGGUGUGAAAUAUGAUCAAUGGCGGAAACAAAGAAAGAAGGAUAAAAGAAGAAAGAAGGAUGGCAGAGCCGAUGAUUCUGAUGAUUAA